AUGGCAUCACUGAAAGACUAUCACUGCGAUGCUGAAGAAGAAGGUUUGAGUAGCAGUGUAAUGGGGAAAGAUUCUGCCCGCACGCGUGUUUGCGUACAACACCACCGUGCACGAGGCAACCGGGAAUCUCCCUUCUUUUUGUUACACGGGUUCGAAGCACACGUCCCUUGGGAUCAGGACGUGGAAGGCCCAUGA